AUGCUCCCGUUCCUCUGGCCCAAGGACCGCCCCUUCAUCAAGCUCUGCAUGGUGCUCUCCGUCUUCUUCCUGCUCUGCUCGAAGCUGUGCAACGUCGCGUCUCCAAUCGCGCUCAAGUACGCGGUAGACGCGGUCGUCAAAGGGGAAUACAGCACCAACGCCAUUCUCGCGUACGGCCUCCUGCGGUUCGCCGGGCAGUUCUUCAACGAGCUAAAGGAUAACGCGUUCGCAUACGUAAGCACCCACGCGUCGCGCAAGAUCUCGCUUCGAACCUUCACGCACGUCAUGGGCCUGUCUCUGCGAUUUCACAUCAACCGCAAGACGGGCGCGGUGAUCCGCGCGUGCUCGCGCGGGAGCGAGUCGUUCGCGGCGUUACUCCGUUACGUCUCCUUUCAGGUGGCGCCCAUCUUCCUGGAGGUUGCCCUCGUGUGCGUGUACCUGUGGAUCUUCUACACGUGGUACUUUGGCAUCAUAACCUUCCUGGUCAUCGUCGCGUACAUCGCGUUCACCGUUCCCUUCACCGAGUGGAGGAACAAGUUCAGACGGCAGCAGACGGACGCGGACGACGUCUUCAACCAGAAGGCGACCGAUUCCUUGCUCAACUUUGAAACCGUCAAGCUCUUCUGCGCCGAGCCGCACAUCGCGCACGUGUACGACGUCGCGCUGGCAAAGGCUCAGAAGGCUUCGCUGCGCACCACCCAGUCGCUCACGGGCUUGAACCUCGGCCAGGCGGUGAUCAUCACCGUCGGUAUCACGCUCUCCCUCGCGUUGGCCGCGAAGGAGGUCCAGGAGGGUAACAUGACCGUCGGCGACUUUGUGCUGGUCAACACCUACAUCCUGCAGCUGUACGUGCCGCUCAACUUUUUGGGCACGUACUAUCGCAUGAUCAAGCAGUGCAUGGUGGACGUCGAGGCGAUGUUCAGGCUGAUGAAGGAGAACAACGACGUGCCCGACGAGGACGGCGCGGCGGACCUCGCGCUCCCGGGUAGGGACGACGCGAGGGUGGACUUUGAAGGCGUCAAGUUUGCGUACUCGGGCGGCGCCGACGGCAGGCAGAUUCUCCGAGGCGUGUCGUUCUCCGUCGAACCCGGGCAGAAGGUGGCCAUCGUCGGCAGCUCGGGCGCGGGGAAGAGCACCAUCGGUAAGCUGCUGUACAGGCUGUACGACAUACAGGGCGGUGCCGUGCUGAUCAACGGUCAGAACAUCGCGAAGAUCACGCAGCGAAGCGUGCGGUGCGCCAUCGGCAUCGUGCCGCAGGAUUGCGUCCUCUUCAACGACACGAUCGAGUACAACAUCGCGUUCGGCAAGCUUGGCACCAGCACGAUGGGAACGAUCGAAGAGGUGAAGCGCGCGGCCAAGGCGGCGCAGUUUUCCAAGUUUGUCGACGAGCAGUGCAAGGAUGGGUACCAAACGCUGGUUGGCGAGCGCGGUUUGAGGCUGAGCGGGGGAGAGAAGCAGAGGGUCGCCAUUGCCAGGGCCCUCCUCAAGGACCCCCCAAUCAUGAUCUACGACGAGGCCACCUCCUCGUUGGACACGCACACGGAGAAGGAGAUCAUGUUGAGCAUCAACGAGGCGGCUAAGGGGCGGACUAACCUCGUGAUUGCGCACCGACUGUCGACAAUCAUGGACAGCGACUGCAUCAUAGUUCUCAAGGAUGGGGAGGUUGCGGAGCGCGGGGACCACCCCACGCUCUACGAAAAGAGCGGCGGUUUAUACAGGACGAUGUGGGACAGCCAGCUGCAGAACGCGCUGUCGUCGGGGGAAUCCGCGUCGAACAUGCUCGCGGCGGCGGGCAACUAGUAG